AUGGCCUCACACCACCCGCACGACGGUCAGGAUGGCGAACGCGCGCCGAAGCGUGCGAAACCGUCGCCUGAUAAUCAUCCCAUCGCACGGCAUGUGGACUUCGGAGGCUCGCGUCCAGAUCUGCAAGCGCUCGUCGCAGAGCCUCUUGACUAUCCUCGACGUCGGGCGACCAUUGCCUGCGAGAUUUGCCGAAGCAGAAAGUCGAAAUGUAAUGGAACUAGGCCAAAGUGCAAGUUAUGCACAGAGCUCAAUGCGGAAUGCAUCUAUCGCGAGCCAGGCAUCAAGCUCGAUGCUGGUGACAAGCUCAUAUUAGAGCGGCUCGCACAUAUUGAAGGUCUGUUACAUUCGAACAUACUGAGUUCUGUAGGCUCUCCCCGCGCCGCCAUUGGGCCCAUGUCGCCAGCAUCGAGCAAUAACACUGCCUCGGAAGAACUGCUGUCAAAGCGAAUGGGCACGACUGUGGCAGAAUCCAGUCGUGCUCCGUCCAGCAGCUUUGGAUAUGCUACCAACAUUUCGACUAUGCCCAGGGCUCAUACCACCCCGGCUCUGCAUCUGCUACAGUGGCCAGUCAUCCGCGAUCUGGUCUCGAGGCAGUGUGAUCAGCAAGCCCUGAUGCAGCUGGAGCUGGUGCGACCUGGGCUUGAUCUGCAUCCCCCUGCAUCCCUUGACCUGAACCUGGCGCACGAGGCUGGCAAGCCUGCAGCAUAUAUACGGUCUUUCUUCAACAAAGUCAACGUUUGGUACGCAGUGGUCAAUCCAUACACCUUCACGACUCUAUGUCGACAGGCAUCUGCUGUUGGUUUCCAAUAUGGAGUGGAAACCUGUAUCGUGCUUCUUGUCCUUGCACUGGGCCAAGCUGCAGAGUCUGGUCAAAGUAUCGCUCUCCUCCCUCCAAGUCAGCCACCACCAGGCACAGCAUACUUCAACGCAGCGUGGCUUCUUAUGCCAAUGCUCAUGAUGCGUAACGACGUUCAAAGUGCUCAAUGUCACGUCCUGGCUGCUGCGUACCUGAUGUACCUGGUCCGGCCGCUAGAGGCAUGGAAUCUCCUCUGCAGUGCUUCGACUAAGCUGCAGCUAUUGCUUCAGACCCCGGCGGCCAUACCAGAGCAAGUCAGAGAAUUGAGCGAGCGAAUCUACUGGAACAUUGUGAUGAUCGAAUCCGAUCUGCUAGCGGAGCUGGACCUGCCGCACAGUGGCAUUGUGCAGCUGGAAGAAAGCAUACGACUGCCUCGUAGCUUCCCUUAUGAUGCAGCUAUGAUCGGCUCAGACGACUUGCCUGGCAGCGAUGAUAUCUGGUACUUUCUUGCUGAGAUUGCUAUGCGGCGUCUAUUGAACCGUGUGUCACACAUGAUUUACAGCCAGAAGCAAAAAUCGAUCGCCUCUCUCGAGCCCAUUGUUGCCGAGCUCGAGUUCCAACUCAAUCAGUGGUACGAAGGACUUCCACCUCCUAUCCGCUUCCCUCGCAAUGGCGAUCCACCUGAAGGCCAUGUACAGGCGGUACUAAAGCUCAGGUACUUUGCCUGCCGCACUAUCAUAUUUCGACCGUAUAUUGAAGCUGUGCUUGGAGAGGAGAGCCUCAUCAAGGAGCCUGGCGUGAGAAUAGCGUGCGAGAAGUGCUUGAAGGCUUGCAUGCGCCAGCUCGAGCGCAUCGCUUCGAACCAUGCUGGCUACCUGCCUUACCUCUUCCAAGCCAUUCUUUCAAUGACCAGUCAGACACUUCUACUCAUGGGUGCGACACUUUCGAGGGUGUUGAGUCCCAUGUUACCGCCCAUAGUUCAGACAGAUGAGGUGAUUAGGCAGGUGCUGGCUGAAACGAAAACUGUGGCCCAUCUUGCACCAAGCCUCGGUCUCUGUGCAGACAUCGUGCGAGAAGCUGAAGAGAGGAGGAGGCAGAUCCUGCUUCAGGUACCGCCGCCGGGACGAUGCAUUUGAUUCUCAUCAAUUAUCAUGUGAAUAAGAUCCAGAAUGGGUAUAAGGACGACGUGGCUUCUAUUGCACUGCGGGACUAAAAGUGGCAGACCUCAGCAACAUGAAUUGGGGGCGAACGUUGAUCGAGCAAUGAGGAGAUGAUGAACAAAGCCAUCGGCUUGGAGAGAAUAAGGCGUUUUGAAAUCAUGCCUUCAACGCCUCGAACGCGACUGCGGACGGGAUCGGGAGAACUGACCACUGGCUCUGAAUGACGUAACCGUCACCAAAAUGGCCUCAAGCUUGAAAUCGAGGAUUUUGCGCUGCCAACGAGUGACUACAAGUGCAUGUAUGUUCAACGCAAAUUUUGGUCAAUCUAAGGAACAGCAAACUCGGGUCGGAGUCUCAAGCCAAAGCGAUACGACAUGACGAUCGAUGACUUCCCAGAAUGAUGAACGACUGAGCAUGGAGCUUGAGCUCCUUCAGUCUAUCUUUCCAGAACAAGUUGUCUUCAUCGACAAAGGGCGAGAACUCAAUUACACUUCCGAAGCAGGGAAUUUGACGCUACGCCUGCCCGAUGGCUAUCUACAAGAUUCUCUUCCAGACGUUGUCUCCGCCAGUGCAGGAAAGCAAGACCUGAGAGAUGAAGUCAAGCGUCGUGUUCAGCAACGUGACGUGGGCGAAGAAGUUCUAGAUGCCAUUAUCAACGACUUCAUAGAUCUGAGCAAAGACAGUGCUUCAGUUGCUGCCACGCCUCAGCAAUACCACAAUACCGCCGCGAGCGAUGGCACAGCGACUAUCAUUGUCUGGCUUCACCAUCUCCUCAACACCAACAAGAGAAAAUUAGCUCUACAUCCAGCAGCAUCUGUCUCUGGUAUUACCAAACCUGGAUAUCCAGGCGUUCUGGUCUAUUCUGGUCCCGCAAAAGACGUCCAUGAGCAUAUCAACGAGCUCAAAUCGCAGAACUGGCAGGCCUUCCAGUCUCGGCUGGAGACAGAAGACGAGUGGGUUUUCAAACAUGGCAAGGGCGUAGUGGAAGUCGAGGCUAUGAAGGACAUUGUAGCUGAAAUUGGCGAUGAAAGAAAAGAUGAGUUCAUGGAAGCUAUGAGGAUGAAGUAAAACUUUCCUCUCUCUCUCUCUCUUCGACAAAGACUGCUCAAGAUCACACAGUCUGUAAGACACAGUCUUAUUAUUCUUCGCCAUGGAUAGUUGUGCAGAAGCUGGGAGGAACC